AUGAUAGAUGGCUUAACAAAUCAAAUUGCAAAUGCCAUCGGAAUUGAACCACAAAGUAUAUACUCAAUAAGAAAAAAGCUCUUGCUAAAUUAUUUCAGUUAAAAUAAUUUUUUAAAAAAUAACUACCAGUCUUUAACCCUAUUUUUUAUAAAAUAGAAUAGCAAUCCAAGGGGCAUCAGGGCUAGAACGUGAACAAAACGCUGAAGACCUAGCCGACACAGUCCAAUUUGCAGAUUUAGAAAAAGCCAAAGCAUUUCGAGAAAGAAACACUGUCAGAGACUGAACCGACGAUGGGCGAUUUUUAGAAUACCCAAUCCUCCGCACAAGUCCUCAUGUUCUAGGAGAAUAUGGAGUAGGUUUAGAGCUUUAUUUUACCACCCUCAAGCAGCUUGCUUUUUUAUUCUUAAUUAUAGGUCUUAUCUCAAUUUGGCCGAUCUUAGAAAAUUCUAGUGGAGACGGCCUGGAAACUGGGGCAAAGAAAAAUUCAUAUGAUACAAUUACCCUUGCGAAUAAUGGAGGAUUUCAUUAUAAAACUAUUACAACUAGCCAAACUGAAGCUUUAGAAGAUGAACAAGACCACGUUGAUGAUUACGAAAUUAAUCAAUCAAGAGUUGCAGUGGCUGAUUUCUUAUAUAUUCUUUAUUAAAUAUCAUAAUUUUUAUGUAAAAAUUAUUAUUUUUUUAUAAUAAAUUUAAUUAAUAAGAUAUACAUUGGUAUUUAUUGUAUUUUUAGUGUACUACAAAAUAAGUGCCAAAAAAGUGGUAUUAAAUAAUUUCAAAGAUAAUGUAACUGCUGGGGAUUAUGCUAUAGAAAUUAAAGGGCUUCCUGAAGAAGAUAUAGAUGAAAAAGAAAUAAUCGCACAUUUCCAGAGCUUUGGAGAAGUCGUAGAGGUUUAUCUAGCUAGAAAAUAUAAUGGCUACCUAGGAAGCUAUAAAGCUAGAGCCAAACUGAGCUUUCAAGAAGGCUACUACAAAUUAAUGUCAAAAAAAGACCCAUCCCAAGAAAUAAAACUUAAAGAAAUUCAAGAAAAAAUCAAAAAUUUCGACGAAAAUUUACAGAUAAAACGGAAAGAAGCUCAAGCAACCAAUGAAGACUUGAUCGUUGAUAGAGCUUAUUUAGUAUUCAAUGACGUAAAUUCAAGGAAAAAGUGUCUAAAAGCAUACAGCAAUAAGCUUAAGCUCUGCAGAAAAAAUCUGCAGCCAAAAGAGCUUAAAUUUAGAGGUUUCCAUACAUUGGUAGUAAAACCGACAGUUGAGCCAUCUAAUAUUAAAUGGGAAAAUUUAGAAUACAGUCAUUGGAAUAGGCAAAUUCGAAGAGCAAUUAUUAUAGCAAUUGCUAUAGGAAUCAUGAUUGGAUCUAUCAUAUUAAUUUGUGUGAUACAAGCUGAAGAAAAUUUAUUGCCAAGUGAUCAAACUUGUGCGAAAAAAAUUGAUGUUGAAGCGACGUUAGAGUAUGCAGAAAAAAAUUAUAAGAGUGAUACACAAGUUUAUUGUUGGUGUAUAGAACAGGCCCUCAUAUGGAUUAUUUUGGGAAAAAUAUCAAGAUUUAUUAUCCCUGGAGCUUUCUCAUAAAUAAAUUCCUUUUUUCUUCUGAUUAUAAAUUGAUAUUUUUCUGAGAGCUUUUUAUAUUUCUUUUUCUAAUAAAUUAUAUAUGACAUCAAAAUGAAAAAUGGCUAAAAAAACAAUAUUUUUUGGUAAAAAAAAAGAAAAUUAACAAAUUCUUUUACAAAUUUUUACUUUUAAGACAGAAAAAUACCAUAUUUAAAGCUGCUUUUCUUUAGAAUCUAAGAUGUCUAAAAAAAGGCAAUGAGGGAUAUGCAGCAAAAAUUUUCUAAAUUAUUGGACGACUCUGAAUAUAAUGACUAUUGCAGUGACUACAUUUCACAAUUCAGAGUCGCUACAACUGUAAGAGUUUUUGCAAGUCUAGGGAUUAUUGCUAUUAAUUAUAUACUCAAAUGGACUUUAAGCUGGCUUUCCAAGUACGAAAGAGCUUCGACUUGGACUAUCUCUCCCCUUUAAAUUGAAACAAAAUAUUGGUGAAAUUUCUAUUUUUUGAGUAAAUUACCCAUUUAAAUUUCAAAAACAAUUUUUUUUAUAUAUACAAAUAGUAAUUUAUAUUAAAAUACCUUUGAUACCUAAUUUAAUGUGACAAAAAUCGAAAAUUUACCUAUAAUUUAUUUUAAUUUUGAAUUUGAGCCGAUAAAGUAUAAUUUGUUUUUGGAAAAAAUUAAUUUCCAUUAAAAUUGGAGCAAAAACAUCAUAUCAAAUUCAAAGGAGGAGUAAAGAGCAACUUUCUAUUAUGAACAAACUAUUUUUUGUAUUAUUUUUCAAUACCUCAAUAAUUACUCUAAUGGUAAACGCAAAUUUCAAAGACCUCGUAUUUGUAAAAGAUUUAGCAUUCAAGGAUUAUUUAUUUAAUGGGGAUUAUUCAGAUUUUUCUAGGGACUGGUACACAAAGGUGGGGUCGACUAUAUUAAUAACAAUGUUCAUUGGGGUGGCGUCUCCUCAUUUUGUGACAUUAUUUAUUUUAUACCCUAUAAAUAUCAUAAAAAGAAGAUACUUUUAUAAAUUUUACAAAAUGCAGCAUGAGCUGAACAGCCUUUAUGCAGGCCCCGAAUUCCAGCUUUCUGUAAGGGUCGCUCAGAUUUUAAAUACCAUUUUUACCUGUUUUUUAUAUUCUGGAGGAAUUCCUCUAUUAAAUAUCAUUUGUUUUUUUACUUUAUUUUUUGCUUAUUGGACUGAUAAAUUCCUUAUUUUGAGAUAUUAUAGGGCGCCACCGCUAUAUUCUAACCAAAUUAAUAACAAAUUCCAAAGCUACAUGCCUUAGUCUUAGCCUUUACAUUUAAAUGUUUUAAGACCAUGGCGGAAUCAAGUUUAUCUUCAUAUCUAAUACCAGUUUUUUCAUCUGAGCACUGUCCUCAAUGCGAUUACACUCAAUUAACUUGCAUCUCUCUAUUGGGUCCGACGAAGGCGGACUUGCUUCCAUCUUACCUUUGACGAUUCACCUCUCUGCUGAUUUUAAAUCGCGCAGAGACUUGGGUAGCCUACAUUACUUAGUCUUAGUCCAAUACUCCUUGAUGCAAAUUCAUAUCGCCAUCCUAUCACAGAAGAUUAAGGUCCAUUGACCCGAUAGCUUAGCAGGAGGAAAAGCUUCUCGGCUAAGGAGCAAAAAUCUCACCUGUGUCGAAAAAUUAAUCAAAAAAAGUGGAUCGGCCGAGCUAUUUCCAUCUUUGGCUCAUAUUUUUCUUUUAAAGCUGCAUGCCAUAUGCAAUAUUACUACACUGUGCGUUUUCUCUCUAUAUGUAUGGAGCUGAUGAAAUUUUCCCUGACACUGUCUAUAUAAAUAGCUCAGGCGAGCUUAAUCCUGACCAUAAUUCUCUAGGCGAAAGAAUUUCUAUGAAUUCUGGGAUAUUAAAUAUGACAUUAAUUUCUUUAGUUGUCAUUGUUUUAGUAUCUUUAAUAGUGAUAAAUAAAGUCUCCAUGCUAUUUGAUUGGAAAUUUUUGCUUAUGAGACAUUUUUUUCAGGAAAUUUUUGUAUAAAUAUUUUUUCUUGUUAGCAGAAAACCCCUCAAUUUUCGGUCAAAUAUCUUACAAGGGCAAUAUCUCGCCAAAAAAGCAUGCAACCAUAAAUGAAAUCUCAAAAUUCAAAACGACAAUAGCCCAAAUUGGAGAUGAACAAAUAAGAGAAGACCAAGGGACUUAUAAAGAAAAUUAUCAAGAAAUUAAAGAGCAUGGAAUCCCAUCAUAUGAUAUUAUGAUGAAUCCUAUAUAUAAACCAGUGCUUGUAAGUCUGAAUGAUGCUGCUCAUGAUAUUGUGAGGGCGAAUACAGAAAAACAAACAAAUAUUAGCUGGGUAACUAGUAUGGAAUAA